UCUUCUUAUAAUGAAAAAGUGGCUGCUGUGGUUCUUGAUAAUGCUCCUCGAAAUGCAUCUUAUACUUCUCCUACGAUCCAAAAGGAGAUAUUGUCCAUUUGGUCGAUCAAGAUACAAAAGCAUAUUCGAGAGGAGAUUAGUGAUUCAAAAUUUUCUAUACUUGUUGAUGAGGCUCAAGAUAGAUCAAAAAGAGAGCAAAUGACUAUUGUUCUUAGAUUUGUGGACAAGCAAGGCUAUAUUCGAGAGAGAUUUUUUGACAUUGUUCAUGUGCACGAAACCAAUUCCUUGACUUUGAAGAAGGAGAUAUGUGAUGUCCUUUCUCGCCAUAAUCUUAGUGUGCAAAACAUUCGUGGCCAAGGAUAUGAUGGAGCUAGUAACAUGCGUGGAGAAUGGAAUGGACUGCAAGCAUUAUUUAUUCAGGAGUGCCCUUAUGCAUAUUAUAUUCACUGUUUUGCUCAUCGACUGCAAUUAACAUUGGUAGCAACAUCUCAAGAGGUCGAGGAAGAAUUCGAAAACAAAAUGAUCCAAUUACCAUGGAGCAUCACUACAGGAUUGAUGUGUUUUUGGCAACGGUUGAUUCUCAAAUACUUGAAAUGAAGAAUAGGUUUAAGGAAGAUGUAAUAGAGUUGCUUAUUCUUAGUUCAGCAUUGCACCCCAAAGAUAAUUUUCAGGCUUUCAAUAUUGAA